UAUUCAAUCAACUUUAGUUACUUCAUCAAAAAAAAAAAAAAAAGUUCUUUAUUUCGUUUAAAUCGGUUCCAAGUUAAAAUUUACUUCUAUUCAAAAAUGCACAGCUUAAGUAUUUGUGUUGUUUUAAUGGCUGCCUGCGGAGUGGCUUUGGCUGGUUAUGCCCAUGGUGGUCUGGGCACUAGUUAUACCGUGGUAACCAAGCACGAUGUACCCAUUUAUCCCAUAAAACAUGAUAUUGGUCAUGUUGGUUUGGGAGGUCAUUUGGGUGGUCAUCUUGGUGGCCACCUCGGUGGUGGUUUGGUUGUUCUAGGCCAUCAGGGUGGUUAUUUAGGUCAUGAUCUUGGUCAUGGUUAUGCUCAUAUCGAUAAACAUGAUUAUCCUCACAAAUACCCCAAAUAUCAAUAUGAUUAUGGUGUCAAGGACUUGAAGACCGGAGAUAUUAAAAAUCAAUGGGAACAUAGAGAUGGUGGUCUUGUUAAAGGCGGCUACUCCCUCAAAGAAUCUGAUGGCACUACUCGUGUUGUUGAAUACUCAGCUGAUGAUCAUAAUGGUUUCAAUGCCGUUGUCAAGAAAAUCGGUCAUGCUCAUCAUCCCCAAAUCUAUGCUAAACAUCAUGGUUAUAUUAACGGUUUAGAACAUGGUCUAUAUGGUGGUGGUUAUGGUUAUGAUCAUGGUCAUGGACUUGCCACCAGUUAUGCGAAUGUUAAGCAAUUGUAAACUGUUGCCGCUGUUGGGAAAACAAACUGUGAUUGCCUUCUAGAGAGAGAUGAUGUUUUUGAAAGCUUGCUUAAGGACUAAAAGGACCAAAUACUACUCAAUAAUGUAAAUGUUAGACGUUAAUGUAUUGUAAAAAAAAUGUUUUAAAAAUAUAUAUAUAAAAUAUGCCAAAAAAAUAACAAACAAAGAAGAAUAUUUGUAUGCAAAUACACAUGAAAUAAAAAUAAU